CUCUGGGAACCUCAUUGUCAAGUUAUGGUAGAGUAGUUAGUGAUUAUAUGGAACACAAUAGAAACUAUUCUGACUGUUUUUAAAUAGAAAUAUUCUAUCUAUGGCAAUUAAUUUAUGUUGUUUGACGCGAGAUCACAUAGGGCAUCUGACGUUGAUCUGACAUUGGAUCAACAGAAAACCUGAAAAUGUGAACAAUAAUCACCAGCACUGCUUUUAACAGUUUACUUUGUUCAACAUUUAGGACAUCAGCACCUAUGAGACAGACGAAGGAGGUUCCAUUGACCCGAAUGUGAAUAGAGGAUGGAUGAGAUAAAUGACUUCUUAAGAUCACGGGAUGUUUCAGAGGAAGUCAUACAACAACUGGAAAAGGAUAAGAUCGAUUCCAGUGUCAUACCGCUCAUGACAGAUGAGCAGCUGAAGGUGUAUCUCCCAUCUUACGGUGAUCGACUGGCCCUUCUUGGAUAUUGCAGACGGAGGGAAAAUGAUCCUGCUGGCCGGAAAUCAAAACUUCUUGACAGACUGAGAGCAAAGAUUUCAAGAAACAAAAGCAAGGAUCAUAGGGAGGUUGCAGAAAAUGAAACCGUCAAAAAUGCUCAAAAAAAUGUACGGAAAGUUGAAUUAGGAUGGCUGAAUUUUCGAGAUGGAAAGUAUUCUCAAGUUAGGACAAAGAAAGGUGGUGGAACAAGAAAAGUUGCUGUGUCAAAGGACUGUAGAAAAAAUGAGUUAGUUGAAAAGGCAGUUGGUUUGUUUUUUCCUGCUCAAAGAAAUACACAGGGAAGAAUCACGGAUUUUGAGGUUGAUAUAACAGAUUUUCAAGAACAUUCACUUGAUGAGCAUAUCACUGUUGGAGAACUUUAUGAGCAGACAAAACUACCCCUUCUGCGUUUUUACCUAACAACCAAAAGAAAGGACAGUGCCAGUGACUCAGAAACAGAAAGCGCCAGUGCAAAUGCCCAACAGGAUGUCAUAUAUGUUGGAAACAGCAGUGUACUGACAAACAGCAGCAGUGAUGAUAUUCACCUAGUUUACUCAACAGUUGACAUGGGGGAUUUAUCCAGUGUCCACGAGAUAGAUGCAGCAAUGAAUGUGGACAUUUUGGAAGAUAGUGGCACGGUUACUUUUUUCACAGGACGUAUUUCUAAUACAGAAAGUGCUAGUCUUGAUGACACCCUUCUGCUGUCUCCACAGUCAUCUAGCCCAGUGGUUUCUUCUUCUCAUCUUGAUUCUUUUCAGGAGCCCAUAGUUCAGAGAGAAAAAGUAAAAAAAAUCCUUGUUCUUCACCGUGGCCAAAUCCUUAAAGAACUGAUUUCACAUUUUUGUGAUGUAAGCGUUACUCAGGAGGACAUAUCUAUUCAAGUGGUGCUCCCUGAUGGAAAGCAAGAAAAGGCUAUUGAUGAUGGAGGAGUUUUGAGGGAUGUGCUCUCUGAGUUUUGGCAAGACUUUUAUGAACAGUGUACACUGGGCAAUAACUUUAAGGUCCCCUUCUUGCGUCACGAUUUUGGACAGCAACAAUGGGAAAGCAUUGGCCGAAUCAUUGCCUUUGGCUGGCAAAAACAGAAGUACCUGCCUAUAAAACUUGCCCCAGUAAUACUGGAACAAGCAGCUCUUGGCUGUAUAAAGAGUCCUCUUGUUGACAGCUUCCUCAGGUAUGUUACAGAGUCAGAUCGGAUCGUGUUUGAAUCUUGUCGAUCAGAUUUUGAGAGUGUGGACAGUGAAGAGCUGCUGGAAAUCAUGGAUCUCCAUAACUGUCGAAGAGUACCAACAGCUGAUAACUUUGAACUACUACUUGAGGAGCUUGCCCACCAAAAGCUGAUUCAGGAACCUGCUUUUGUUAUUGAGCAGUGGAGCACUGUGCUUUCCCCACUGAGGUCUGAGCUGGAAUGUAUUACAGCUGCCUAUGAAAAUCUCCAGCCAACAUUCAGAAAGGUAAUGCGUUCACUAGUAUACCCUACAAUCAUGACUGAACAGCAGAAAAAUAUCACCAAAUAUUUAAGCUCUUAUCUCAGGGAAUCAGACAAACAGCACUUGUCACUUUUUCUUCGGUUUUGCACGGGAUCUGAUUUGUUUCUCGGAAGGAACAUCAGCAUUAGCUUCACUCAACUUCAAGGUGUUCAGAGACGCCCAGUUGCCCAUACAUGCGGAUGCUACCUGGAGUUGCCAGUUAAUUAUGAAAACUACCCAGAUUUUCGACACGAAAUAAACAAAGUCCUAGAAAGCAGUGUAUGGGUGAUGGACAUAGUGUAACAAAUUUCAAUUGAGGAACAUGCAAGUUUAGCAUUUUGUUUUAAAAAUAUUCUUUUCAUUUAUACCCUCACACUUUUGUACUUUUGCACUGUUUUGUGCCCUGAGAUUAUAUAAAGACUGGCAAAGCCUUAGUAGUAAUAGUAGUAAGCAUUCACAUAUUGGUGUUUAGGGUUUUCUUCUGUUAAAGUACUCAAAGUUAGAAAAAAAAGUUUAAAACAGAAAUUUGAGUAUCUAGUAAAAUCUGUUUAUUAAAUUUUUGGGUUUAACAUAUUUCAAAGUUUUCUAUUGCUGUUAUGAUUUUUUUUUAUAAUUAUAAUUGAGACUGCAAAGAUUUUAGUUAACUGAGUCAAAAAUGCAAUAAGGCACCCAUGCUUAUAAAUCUAGCAUUAGGUUUGAUAAAAUACUGCUUAUUUGCAUUCCUGAAGUUUUGUGUCCUAUUUUAGUGACAUGGUUUAUGUGCUGGUACACACUUUAAGUAUUCUGGAGGUGAAUGUGUUGUUGUUUUUCAAUGUAAAAAAGAAAUGCUAUGAAAAAUCUUGCUGGCUGAUAUUUCAAAUUGGUUAGUCUGGUGGCCACUAUAGUUAACGCAUCUUGCUAGUUCUGAUUAACAAGAGUAAGAUGGUUGAGUUUGAUGUGACAUGAGUUUGAGUUCUGAAGCAAAUUAAACAAAGUACUCAUAGUAUUCAUAGAAACUUGUUUUUUCACUCAACAUUUUACUUUCAGUUCUGUUAUUGUAAAUAUAUGAUUAUAUUCUCAAUAACAGAUUGUUUCCAAUGUAACAGUUUGAUCUAAAACUUAAAUAGAAAACAACUGAGAAAUCACACUAAUUUCAGUUAGUCUCCUAUUGUUUUACAGCAGCUUACUUUGCAUAACUAUGCCCUGAAGCAUUAUUUUGUCAUUAUUUGAAACUGCUUUUAAAAUGACCCAAAGUCUUGUCUAAUUGCAGUGGAAAGAAGUUUUAAUAUUUUAUUUUAAAACACAUAAUAAAGCACUUUUCAUAAGAAUUA